CCGGAAGCGCGUCACCGGCGGGGAGGGGUGGGAGCGGAAGUGCGCAGGGCCGGGUGGGGGCCGCCAUUACGGGGAGCGGAGCAGGCCUCGCGGCGUGGAGGUUGCGCCGCGACCGUUAGGCGGGCGCGGGCUCAGCAGGCCCGGCCUGCUCCCCCCCCGCCGCCCCUUCGGCGCGGCGCCGCGGCAGCGCUGCUGCCGCCAUGGAGGAGAAGGGCUUCGCCAAGGAGCUGGACCAGUGGAUCGAGCAACUGAACGAGUGCCGGCAGCUCAGCGAGAGCCAGGUCCGCAGCCUCUGCGAGAAGGCUAAAGAAAUUCUUACAAAAGAAUCGAAUGUGCAAGAGGUACGUUGCCCUGUCACCGUCUGUGGGGAUGUCCACGGUCAAUUCCAUGAUCUUAUGGAACUCUUUAGAAUUGGUGGGAAAUCGCCGGACACAAAUUAUCUGUUCAUGGGAGACUACGUGGACAGAGGCUAUUACUCAGUGGAAACAGUAACUCUUCUAGUAGCAUUAAAGGUGCGUUACCCAGAACGCAUUACAAUACUGAGGGGAAAUCACGAAAGCAGACAAAUUACACAAGUGUAUGGCUUUUAUGAUGAAUGUCUGCGAAAGUAUGGAAAUGCCAAUGUCUGGAAGUAUUUCACAGACCUCUUUGAUUAUCUUCCACUUACGGCUCUAGUAGAUGGCCAGAUAUUCUGUCUCCAUGGUGGCCUCUCCCCAUCGAUAGAUACACUGGAUCAUAUCAGGGCUCUGGACCGCCUGCAGGAAGUUCCACAUGAGGGUCCUAUGUGUGAUCUGUUAUGGUCGGAUCCAGAUGAUCGUGGCGGCUGGGGUAUAUCUCCUCGUGGUGCCGGCUACACAUUUGGGCAGGAUAUUUCUGAAACGUUUAACCAUGCCAAUGGUCUUACACUGGUCUCCCGUGCUCACCAACUUGUCAUGGAGGGUUAUAAUUGGUGCCACGAUCGAAACGUGGUUACCAUUUUCAGUGCGCCCAAUUACUGUUACCGCUGUGGGAACCAGGCUGCUAUCAUGGAACUAGAUGACACUUUAAAAUAUUCCUUCCUUCAGUUUGACCCAGCGCCGCGUCGUGGAGAGCCUCAUGUUACCCGUCGUACCCCAGACUACUUCCUAUAAAUGUCUCCUAACCUCUGUAGAAGGAAGUACACCUGGCAUUUUAAAGAGCAACAAUAUUUACACGUUUCUGUAAGAAAUUGGGGUUCGUCUCAACUUAAAAUCCCCAUCAUGGACCAAAAUGUGCCAUACUGAGGACGAAGAGUGUUUAGCACAACUUGAGACUGAAUUCCUUACAACACUAUAUAUCCUAUACCAAUCAGUCCAACAGUCAGUUUGCCUGCUGUAUUUGUGGUCAUUGUUUGUUUUGGGGUUUUUUGUUUUUUUCCCUUUUGGACUGUUCAGAGAGAAAAGAUAACUCUAACACUUCCAUCUCCUUUUAUGCUUCUUUGUAAAUUUUUAGUUCUAGUGGUUAACUGGCAUGAAGUAGAGUUUGGAAUUUAUUUUUAAGGGACACUAACUUCUUAACCUGCCACUCUUGUUUCAUUGGAAGACAACCGACUUAACUGGAGCAAGGAAGCAAUUCCGGGUGGGAGUGGGGGGGGUCCGAACAGGGCGAAAGCGGCGUUCCCUUUUCGAGGUCGAUUUCCGUUCUCUGUUGACCCCCUCCCCCCCGCUUUUUGUCGGUCCCCCCCCCCCCCCCCCUUCUGUAUAUUUGUCAUGGAAGUGCUUGCCUCGGUGUAUUGGAACGAAUAAACUCUCCCCUUGUCAGCCACA